UGUUUCAGUGUCAUUUUUUUUGUAAUCUAUCACUUUGAAGUUUGAAAAUGUCGAAUUUAAAGUUUACCUAUGUGUGCAUUUUACUUUGCUUAGCCGUUGUAUGUAAUGUUUUCUGCUGUGCGAAAGCAAAACCAAGUGGACUAAAUGAUGAAUGCAUGUGUACAAAAACAAUAGCAACCUGCACUGGUUUGAAUUAUAUCCCGAAGCUACCACCAACAAUUACUAAAUUGAUAUUGAAAAAUAACAUUCUUACGGUGAUCAAUCGGAGUAGUUUUAGGAAUAUUUCUUCGAUCAACCUCAAGACAUUGUGGUUAGAGAAUAAUUCAAUGGAGAUAAUUCAAGAUGAUGCGUUUUAUGAUUUUAAAAAUAUUGCCGAGCUUAGAAUAAUAACUGAGAAGUUAUUAAACAUUACAUCGUUGAAAUCUUCGUUUCAAAGUUUGACUAUUGGAACUAUUCGAAGUUUGUAUUUAGAGAAAAAUGAUUGGUAUGGACUUCCGAAUGACAUGUUUUAUCAUUUGGAAGGAGCUAAAAUCGUUAUGUCGCUUAAAAACAAUCUGUUCCAUAAACUAAAUUCAAGUGUAUUUCUACCAAUAGCAAACCUAAGAAAAUUGCAGGUUGAAGAAAACGAAAUUGUGUAUGUCAAUUUUAACGGUCUUAUGACAACUGGUUUUCUGGAUUUAUCAAAUAAUAAUAUAUAUGCAAUACCCAAUUUUUGUAAUAGCAGCGAUGAAACUUUUGUUCCGCAACUGAAAUACUUGUCACUUGCAUACAAUGCUAUAAGGAAAAUUUCUAAAGAAUCUUUUAAAUGCCUGGAUAAUUUAAAUUAUCUAAUAAUGGAUGGAAAUCGUUUACGAAACUUGGAUAAUAAUGUCUUCGCAUUUCUAAAUAAUUUGAUGAAACUUGUCAUAGGUGAUAAUCAGCAAUUGAAAAACAUUGCUCCGUUUGCAUUUAACAGUUCGUCAUUGCAGAUACUACAUCUGUACCGGAAUAACUUUCGAUAUAGUAAGAAAAAAUAUAAGGAAGAACGAUUUAAUCCGCAAACGAUUUUUCAAACUAUACCAAAUUUGAAAGAAGUGGAUUUAUCUCAUAACUAUUUAAAUGAGUAUGCAAUUGUACGAGAACUAUUUGCAUCAACACGGAAUAUUCAUAAACUUACUUUAGCUUCGUCAGAUAUAACGACAAUUCCAGAAGAAUUAUUACGAAAUAUGCCUAACAUCGAAUCGUUGAAUUUACAAGGAAAUGAGAUAGAAAGAUGGAACGAAUCCCUCUUCGAUAAUUUGUCAUCCAUACGCGAACUGUAUCUUGAUGGGAACAAUAUUCACGUUAUUAACGAAACGUCGUUUCCAUCGAAUCUAUUAAAAUCUUUAAAAGUACUAGAAUUAUCCGGUAAUCAAUAUCGAUGUACAUGUGAAAUGAAAUGGUUUUUAGACAAAAUUCGAUCAACGAAUUUUUCAACAAAAAUGCGGGAAAAUUGGCCGAGUCGUUACACUUGCUACUAUCCGGAACAUCUACGAUUAACCCUUCUUGCAGAUUAUUUUCCAACAAUUGCAGAGUGUAAUUCUUUUAGCAUUGUCUACCUGAUAAUAAUAACGGCAUGUUCGUCUGUUUUGAUUUUGCUUUUCUUUGUCAUAAUGACAUUCCAAUGUCAGAUAAAUUUUAAGAAUGCACUGUAUUUAUUUCGUUUAAAGCAACGAAUGAAACGUGGGUACUUCAGUCUUGAAUCGGCAGAUGAUUACGAGUUUGACGCGUUCGUUGUUUAUUGCGAUGCCGAUCGCCUAUGGGUCCAUGGCGUUUUGCUUAAACAUCUAGAAAGUUCCAACCUUAAUGUUUGUGUUCAUCAUAGGGAUUUUGAUGUCGGAGAGCCAGUCCUUAACAAUAUUGGAAAAUAUAUGGAGAAGAGUUGGAAGAUUAUCGUUGUUUUGUCUAAUAACUUUGCUAAAAGCGAAUGGUGUCAAUGGGAGAUUGAUCUUGUUCAAGAGCGGAGGCGCCGACAGGGAAAAGAGGUUUUGAUAUUAAUCAUGUACCAACAGAUUGAUUCAAAACACAUGAUUACUCCACUAAAGACAUUACUGGACACAACGCCAUAUUUGUCUUGUAAGGAAGGGUUUGGGGAGUCUUUGUUCUGGACUGCCGUUGUUAAAGACAUAAACAAACCUUUGGAUAUACCUCCAAUAUCUAUUUUCUAAAUAAUAGAAUCGAUGCAAUAUGUUUCUGUUUUUUUUCCUUUUAUUACAGCCCAGCAAUUUUGCUUUUUUGUACAUACAACCGCAAAUUAACAUAUUUCACGGAUCUAACGGAAAGAUCUUAACGGCAUUAUUAAUCUGAGAAAAACAUGACACAGCGCAGGGACUUUCUAUACUAUAUAGAAGGUCCCUGCAAAAAAAAACCCAACGCAACGAUAUAAUGCAGGACCAUAUUGGUUCUAAAAACUGUUUGUUUUAUGUUAUGUAUUAAACUAUUUAAAAUAUGACAAAUUUUGAUACAGACAAAGAAAAUA